AUGGCCAUAACGCCUCACGUUUUAUGCGUUUUGUUGGUAUUAAUGCCUAUACAAGGAUUUUAUUUACCCGGUUUAGCUCCUGUUAACUACUGCAAAGCUGGUGAAGACAGCGGAAAGUCGUGCAAAAAUGAAAUUCCACUCUAUGUAAAUAGACUGAACACCGAAGAAUCAGUUAUACCAUUUGAAUAUCACCAUUUUGACUUUUGUUUAUCAAAUGAAGCACAGUCGCCAGUGGAGAACCUUGGCCAAGUCGUAUUUGGAGAACGAAUUCGGCCAAGCCCAUACAAAAUAAAUUUCCUUGAAAAUGUUAAUUGUCAAACUGUUUGCACGAAAACCUACAAGGGUUCAGAUACAGAGUCAACAAAAAAGCUAAAUCUUUUGAAAAUGGGCAUGGCUCUAUACUACCAACAUCAUUGGAUUAUUGAUAAUAUGCCUGUCACAUGGUGCUAUUUAGUAAAUGAAGGUGGCAAGUCCUAUUGUAGUACUGGAUUUCCCAUGGGGUGUCAAGUGCGAAGGAAUUUUGAUACAUGCACUCCAAUAGUCAACACGUCGCCCAGUCAAGUUGGUGCAUAUUUUCUGUUUAAUCAUGUUGAUAUUGAUAUUACCUACCACAGUGGUGGGUCAGAAGAAUGGGGUGUUGGUUUUGGAGAUAAUGGGGGUAGAAUUAUAUCUGUUAAGGUUAAGCCAGCUAGUAUCAACCACCAAAACCCACAGAAACCAGAUUGCAGUGUCAGAAAUCCUUUGGAAAUUCCGAACAACCUAGCAACAGAUGAAACAUUUAAUAUAGUCUACACAUACAGUGUGAAUUUCAAGAAAAAUAACACAAUAAAGUGGUCAUCAAGAUGGGAUUAUAUACUCGAAUCAAUGCCACAGACUAAUAUCCAGUGGUUUUCUAUUUUGAAUUCACUUGUGAUAGUUUUGUUUUUGAGUGGUAUGGUUGCAAUGAUUUUAUUACGAACUCUCCAUAAAGACAUUGCCAGAUAUAACCAAAUGGAAUGUGGUGAAGAUGCGCAGGAGGAAUUUGGUUGGAAACUUGUUCACGGGGAUGUGUUUCGACCACCCCGUCGAGGAAUGUUGCUUGCUGUUUUCCUUGGAUCUGGUUCACAGGUAUUUGGUAUGACGCUAGUUACCUUAGCUUUUGCCUGUCUUGGUUUUCUGUCGCCUGCGAAUCGAGGUGCACUAAUGACUUGUGCAUUAGUUGUUUGGGUCCUACUGGGAGCAGCGGCUGGUUAUGUCAGUGCUCGAAUUUACAAGAGCUUCGGUGGUCGACGAUGGAAAAGUAACAUUUUGCUUACCUCUAUGUUGUGUCCUGGGGUGGUCUUCUCGAUAUUUUUCAUCCUAAAUCUGGUUCUGUGGGGCAAAGGAUCAUCCGCAGCAAUUCCCUUCUCAACACUUGUGGCUCUGCUGGCACUUUGGUUUGGAGUCUCUGUGCCACUCACAUUUAUUGGCGCUUACUUUGGCUUCCGAAAAAGGAUUCUUGAUCACCCAGUUCGAACAAACCAAAUCCCUCGCCAAAUUCCAGAGCAGUCUUUGUACACCCAACCUGUGCCUGGUAUCAUUAUGGGCGGGGUUCUGCCUUUCGGUUGCAUCUUCAUACAGCUUUUCUUUAUCCUUAACUCCUUAUGGUCUAGUCAGAUGUAUUACAUGUUCGGCUUUCUUUUCCUCGUGUUUAUGAUUCUCGUGAUAACAUGCUCGGAGACGACCAUCCUCCUCUGCUACUUCCAUCUUUGCGCUGAAGACUAUCACUGGUGGUGGAGAGCGUUCCUCAGUUCCGGAUCAACUGCCGGCUACCUAUUUAUCUACUGUUGCCAUUACUUCGUCACCAAGCUAAAUAUUGAAGACGCCGUCUCGACGUUCCUAUACUUUGGAUAUACGAUGAUCAUGGUCUUUUUAUUCUUUUUACUAACUGGCACAAUCGGCUUUAUGGCCUGCUUCUGGUUUGUCCGGAAAAUAUAUAGCGUCGUUAAGGUAGAUUAA